AUGCCCGGCAUACCGAAGAGUGACCGCUGCAAGUACUGCAAACAGCGCAAGAUCAAGCCUUCCAACAAGGACGAGGACGGCGGCGGCGACGACGACGACGCCCGGCACCCUCGUGGGCCUCAAGUCCAAAACGACGCCCGAGGGCACGGGGACCUUCCACCAGAUGCGCCUGCAGCGCGCGCCCUCGCCUUCGUGCCUGCACUUUGGGCCCAGCGUGCCCUUGCCCACGACGACGGCCGGCCGCGCCGCCCGGCGGCUCGUCUCGGCGCUCGUGACUCCCGGGGACGACAGGUACGGGCUGUCCCUGUCGCGCCGGACGCUGGCCCUCCUCCCCGCGCGGAUAGAAGGGUCGCGCGCGCUGCAGCACGCGGUCGAGUGCCUCGUCGUCAGCCACGCGAACCUGCGCCGGCGCUGCAGCGGGAAAGAGGGGGGGAGACCAGAGCGGCGGCGGCCGCGGGAGGAUGCGGCGAGGACCUGCUCGACCUCAAGACGUACGGCCGGGCGCUGCGCAGCGUGCAGGCGGCGCUGGCGGACCCGGAGCAGAUGUACGACGCGGCGACGCUGGCCGCCGUCUCGAUCCUGCAGCGGGUAGAGGUACCGUUCUGCGUGUGCGUCGAAACGUAUCUGUGCUGCAUGUGUGUUGACUGUGGCCUCUCUCUGCAGAACUCCUUCGGCGGCGGCGGCGUCGGCGGCGGCGGCCUGCGGGCUGGCAAGAGGGCGCACACGGAGGGCAUAUACACGCUGAUGGAGCGCCGGGGGCCGGCAGCGCUGGCGGCGGACGAGCUGGAGCUGCACCUUGCGCUGGACAACCUUGGUCAAAUAAUGACAUGGAGCAUCCUCUCCCGCAAGCCAAACAUCUAUACCCUGCCAGAGUGGUCCGACGCCAUCAUGUCGGCCCUCGAGGCCGGCGCCGUCGCCAACCCGGUCCUGUCGGCGUCGUACCGCAUGGUCCUGCAGCUCGCGCAGUGGCCCGUCCUCGUGCACGACCUCGAACGCAUCCUGCAGGACCCGCUGCACCCGGACGCGACCAUGGCGGCCAUGAAGCUGGCCGAGGACGCCUCGGCGCUCAACGUGACCAUGCUCGAGCACAUACGCCUCUACGGCGGGGCCUCCUCCGCGGACGAGAAGGCGACCGGCAGCUGCCUGGGGCUGAGGGAGACGCCCUGCCCGGCCGAGGAGUCGCCCUUCGGCGCGCGGUACGACUUCCCGGACCUCACGACGGCGCAGUGCCACUGCUACACGGCGCUCGUGCUCAUCGCCGUCAACCGCAUCCUGGCCUCGGCGCUGCGCUUCCUGGGCUCCGACGACCCGCUGCUCGAGGUGCAGAACCGCGAGCUCAGCCGGCGCAUCUGGCUCGCGCUGCCCUACGCGCGGCGGUUCAAGCCGCUCGGGUGCGUCUUCUUCGUCACGCCGCUGGUGGUCUCGUACGAGUCGGCCGUGGGCGCGGAGGAGAAGCGGCACGUCAUCGACGCGCUGUACGACCUCGAGGAGUACAAGGGCAAGGCGGCGGCGCCGGAGAGGUGGACGGAGGAGAACAUCUUGCGGGUGUGCAUGGCGCUGACGGGGCGGAUGCCGCUGGACCAGGCGACGGAUCUUGGUGUCGAGUUGAGGAGCGAUGGCGCGCGGUAG